AUGACCUUCCUCCCUGUAAUAGUAGCAUCAUUCUUUUUUUCUAUUGCUAAUGGACAACCUGACUUUUUUGGACCGCCACCGCCGCCAAUAGGAUUUCCGCCUCCACCAUGGCGCAGGUAUCCAUUUGAUGAUCCAGAAUUUGAACCUGAUUCAUUCAGACCUCCAUUCGGACCACCACCACCAUUCAGAAGACCACCAUGGGCCAGGCCUCCAUGGGGCUUCCCACCCCCACCAUUUCCACCUCCGCCACCUCCGCCACCUCCGCCACCUCCGCCACCUCCGCCACCUCCGCCACCUCCGCCUCCCCCGCCAGCUGCAGAUUCUCCAGCUCCUCCAACACCUGAGCAGCCGUCAGUUCAAUUCUCAGAGAGCAUUGAUAGGAUAGUUAACAGUGUGAACACUCAUACAUCGGCAUUUCAACGACCAGGCGAGAGUUAUGAUAGAGUGUUGCAGAUAAUGGGCUCGUACUUAAACCGAAGGUCAAAUUCUCAAUUUAAUAUUAAUACAGAGGUGCCUGAUAAUGGCGUUUCUCACAAUGAAGAAUCCGUGAAUCGAAGGGCUAUUACCGGAAUGUUCGAAAACGAUAUGAUUCUCACAGUUCCCCAAAUGAACAAGGUCGCACAAAAUGGGUUUCGUGUGAAGAGGAAGAUGAAUAACAAUGGGACCACAUGGGGUAGAACCAUCUCCUAUAGAUUUCUGGACACUGAUACUUCAUGGCAGCAAUCUAUUACAAAUACUAUACGAUAUUUUGAAAGGAACUCUUGUAUUCGAUUUGUUCUGAAUGGUCCAAGUGCAGACUAUCUUGCAUUCAAUAGAGGAGAAGGAUGCUACUCAAGUGUCGGUAGAUUAGGAGGCGCUCAGGAAGUUUCGAUAGGCUAUGGAUGUGAAACGCAAGGGAUCAUUGCACACGAAAUUGGCCAUUCGUUGGGUUUUUGGCACGAACAGGCCCGACCGGAAAGAGAUUCCUAUGUUAGAAUAAACUUGCAAAAUGCGGUUGCCGGACUGCAAGGUCAAUUAGAUAAGAGAUCAUGGUCUGAAGUCAAUGAAUAUAGCAUUCCAUAUGAUUAUGGAUCGAUAAUGCAUUAUUCACCGAGGUCAUUUUCGAGGUCAUGGAAUUUAAAAACAGUUGAAACAUUGGAUCCGGCAUUUAUGAGCACUAUUGGAAAUCGCGUGGAACCAUCAUUUUUAGAUAUGAAGUUGCUAAACACGGCUUUUUGUCAAGGUGUUUGCCCCAAUAAUAUAAACUGCCAGCAUGGAGGAUACCCAAAUCCAAAUAAUUGUAAUACUUGUAAAUGCCCAACAGGAUUGGAAGGCACCUAUUGUGAAAGGCUUCAAACAUCUAAUUGUGGUGUGGAUCUGCCACGAGCUGGUCCUUCAUGGAGAAAUAUAUCAUUUUCCGGGUCUUCGGAUUGCUAUUGGAGAGUUACAGCGCCGCAAGGUGGUCGAAUUCGCUUCCAACUCACACACGUGUUCUAUAAAUGCGAUCCCGUUUGUGAGGAAUUUGUCGAGAUUAAAGACGGACUUAACCACGAAGUGACUGGAUUUCGGCAGUGUUGCAAAGCUGAGGUUGGACAGCGAGUUAGUAAAGGCAAUACCAUUCUUAUAAUAUCAAAAGCGAACCAAAACUCGCAAUUUGUUUUGACAUAUAGAAGUGAUGGUGCCCCAACCGCACCUCCUUCUCCACCCACGAGACGGGGAUUCUCGACGCAAUGGUCCGCAUGGACGACCUGCUCUGAAAGGUGUGGUUCCUGUGGAACCCAAUUCCGAACUAGAUGUACUAGUACUUCAAGCUGCUCACGACCACAAAGGCAAACAAGAGUAUGCAAUAGUCAACCAUGUGCUCAAGGAACAACGCGUGGGAAGCGAAGUGUUCUCAAUGAAAACGUCCCAAGGUCGAAACGAGCUGGCGAAUGGUGUUGCGCUCGAUUUAUUCUUUCACGUGGAGUUUGCGUGCCGGCCUUGGUGUCUGUAGUAGUUUGCCAAUACCCAUUAGGGCGUUCUUGUGGUGAAUGCCCAACACCAAUGUGUCAGCCUAGAAUGCCUUGCGCUGGUCUUCCGCAACCAAUUCCAAUGUGCCCACCACCACCGCCAUGCCCACCUCAAUUUUGCCCACCGCCACCGAUUUGCCCUCCGCCACCUCCACCAAUGCCGUGCCCCCUUCCACCACCACCACCUCCACUUCCACCACGACCAGCGUGUCCAUGUAUGAAUCGGCCACCAUUGUUCCCAAGCUUCAUGCCCCAAUAUUAUCCCCAAUCACCACCAAUGAUGUCUCAGCCGCUUCCAGCAGCAGGAGGAUGUGGAGGCGGAGGAAUUGCGCCAAUCAGGAUACCGGCUCAGAAUGACUGUUGUUGUGGUUGCUCAUCACCGUGCAAAUACAAAAGUGUCCGCCGAGCUGCUUUUGCAUCAAAAACCGUUGAUCCGUCAUGCAACAGCUCAGAGCUCAAAAACAUAAUUCUUGAUAACAUCACUGAUGAUGCAAGUGAAUCGAAACGCAACAUUCAAAAAAGUGCUGAAGAAGCUCUUGGGCACGAUGUCAACGUGAUCUGCGGAAAAGGAGAAUUCAGCUAUAUUGCGCACACCAAUACCUUCUGUCAAGCUUUCAAGGAGGAUAUAACUUGCUAUGCAUUCAAACCAUUAAUGAGGUCGUUCGUUCAAGUUCCAGCCAACUCCGACUUCCCAAUCGAGAAUUUGCCAUAUGGUGUUUUUUCAUCAAAGUCAAAUCCAAAUAAGAGAAUUGGGGUUGCGAUUGGCAAUGAGGUGCUUGAUCUUUCCGCAAUUGCCCAUCUUUUCAACGGACCAGAAUUGAAAGCUCAUCAAGCGGUUUUCACGAAGCAAACUCUCAAUGAGUUCAUGGGGCUUCCACGUGCCGCUUGGCUUGAAGCCCGCGCUAGACUUCAAGAAUUGCUUUCUGACAGUUGCCCAACUCUCAGAGAUGACCAGGACUUGAGAUCGGUCGCUUUGGUUCCACAAUCUGAAGUGCAAAUGCAUCUUCCAGCUCAAAUUGGGGAUUACACCGACUUCUAUUCAUCCAUCUAUCAUGCUACCAAUGUUGGUAUAAUGUUCAGAGGAAAGGAAAAUGCGUUGAUGCCAAACUGGAAAUGGCUUCCAGUCGGAUAUCAUGGGCGUGCUUCGUCUGUCGUUGUCUCCGGAACUGAUGUCAGACGACCGGUUGGACAAACGAAACCAGCUGAUGCAACUGAGCCAAUCUUCUGCCCAUCCAAGCUUCUUGACAUUGAGCUCGAAAUGGCCUUCUUCGUCGGUGGACCCGAAAAUCCGUUGGGAACUCGAGUGCCAAUUGAAAAAGCUGAGGAUCGUAUUUUCGGAGUUGUGCUCAUGAACGAUUGGAGUGCUCGCGAUAUUCAAGCUUGGGAAUACGUGCCAUUGGGCCCAUUCCUUGGAAAAUCGUUCGCGACCACCAUUUCACCAUGGAUCGUUACCAUUGAAGCACUUCGCCCAUUCAUGGUGGAAAACCCGAAGCAAGACCCAGUGCCACCAUCAUACCUUCACCAUGAUGAUCCAUUCACACUGGAUAUCAAUCUUGCUGUUAAUCUUAAGCCGGCUGGAGAAAGUGAAGAACACACCAUUUGCAAGACCAACUUCAAGCAUCUUUAUUGGACAUUGAAGCAGCAAUUGGCUCAUCAUUCUGUGAAUGGAUGCAACUUGAGAGCUGGUGAUUUGUGCGGAUCUGGCACUGUGUCAGGACCGGAAGAGGGAGAAUUCGGAUCGAUGCUUGAGCUCUCAUGGAGAGGCGCUAAAGAAAUCGCCGUUGGAAGUACCACCCGCAAGUUCUUGAAGGAUGGCGAUGAGGUCAAUCUUUCUGGAACAUGCGAGAAGAACGGACUUCGAAUUGGUUUCGGCGAAUGCCGCGGAAAAAUUUUGCCAGCAUAUUUCUAA